AUGGUCGCAGGCAGCCCCGGAGCGAGGCCGCGGCCGCGGGCCGGGCUACUGGCCCUGGCUGCGCUCUGCCUGCUCCGGCUGCGGGGCGCGCGGGCGGCAGCCUGCGAGCCCGUCCGCAUCCCCUUGUGCAAGUCCCUGCCCUGGAACAUGACCAAGAUGCCCAACCACCUGCACCACAGCACCCAGGCCAACGCCAUCCUGGCCGUCGAGCAGUUUGAAGGGCUGCUGGGCACCCACUGCAGCCCCGACCUGCUCUUCUUUCUCUGCGCCAUGUACGCUCCCAUUUGCACCAUUGACUUCCAGCACGAGCCCAUCAAGCCCUGCAAGUCGGUGUGCGAGCGCGCCCGGCAGGGUUGCGAGCCCAUCCUCAUCAAGUACCGCCACGCGUGGCCCGAGAGCCUGGCCUGCGAGGAGCUGCCCGUCUACGACCGCGGCGUGUGCAUCUCUCCCGAGGCCAUCGUCACGGCCGACGGAGCUGAUUUUCCUAUGGAUUCAAGUAACGGCAACUGUCGAGGGGCAAACAGUGAACGCUGCAAAUGUAAGCCAAUCAGAGCUACUCAGAAGACCUAUUUCCGGAACAAUUACAAUUAUGUCAUUCGGGCUAAAGUUAAAGAGGUAAAGACCAAGUGCCACGAUGUGACGGCAGUUGUUGAAGUCAAGGAGGUUCUGAAGGCUUCUCUGGUCAACAUCCCAAGGGACACCGUGAAUCUUUAUACCAGUUCUGGCUGCCUGUGCCCCCCACUGCAUGUUAACGAGGAGUACGUCAUCAUGGGCUAUGAAGACGAGGAGCGCUCCAGGUUACUCUUGGUGGAAGGGUCCAUAGCUGAGAAAUGGAAGGAUCGCCUUGGUAAGAAAAUUAAGCGCUGGGACUUGAAGCUCCGUCAUCUUGGACUGAGUAAAAGUGACGCCGGCCACAGUGACGCCACGACGGCUCAGAAGUCUGGCAGGAACUCGAACCCUCGGCAGGCACGCAACUGAGCUCCGAAAUGCGACAAUGUACGACCAGUGGACUGCCGGCGGAGACUGGCUUUGCUGGACUAGCAAAGGAGAAUUGCACGAUUGCACGUCAUAUUCCAUUGUUUCCUACAAAAAAUCAUGUGGUAACUUAUACUACUUCUGGCUCUCCUUUCCUGCUUUUCCUUCCCCUAACCACUUUCUGUGGUCUGGCAGCAAAAGAACCUUAAAAGAAUUAUAUAUUUUCUAUUUUGCUAGUCAUGGGAAAACGGCUCUUUUGCAAUACUAAUAAGAAUAAAUUAAACAUGUUGAUCACAGGGCCUCUUUGCUGGCGUUCCCAGAUGUUAUUUACUGUUCUGCACUCAGAUUGGGAAUGCAAUAUUGGAUGCAGACAUUUCUGAUAAACCCAGAGAACUAGAUAGGCUGUAAAACUUGCUCUGCGGAUCUAAUCACAGCUUCCUUUUCCUCUGCCUCUGGGCCUUCUCCUCCCUCGGAGGGUGAGGCAGCUUGGAAGCAAAGGCCACACAGCCAGAGCAAUCAGGCACCAGGAAGCAUUUACGAGAAAAUGACACACAAGAUGAUUUAUUUGCAAGAUUGGCAGGAAGCCAAAUGAAUAGCAUUCAGACCCGUGGAAAGCACGUUUUGCCCGACUGAGAGGCACAACUGAACCGUCGCUGUUGGGUUUAGCAGAAGCUCUUCGGGGUUUUGCUUUUUGGCAAUGCACUUGCUUUGUUCCUGAAUCUACUAUCCAGCAUGAGGGAAAUGAAUUAUACCUAGCCAUCUGCUGUUAGCAGCAGAGCGCCGUUUAAUUUGCUUCCCUUUAAACCAAACCAUUGGUGUGAGUCUUUAAAAAAAAUAAAUAAAUUUGACUUGUGCAUUUACCAGGAAAACAAUGUCUGUAUGCAUUUGAGACGGGGAGUGAUUUUAAAGGAAUGGAGCUCUGUAAAGUGCUAUAGUGUGUAAGACAGUGAAAUGUGGAAGUUUUUUAACGUGUGUGUGUGCGCUCACAUCCAAGCUGGAUGAAAUUACCAGGCCUAUGUACUGGUGCUGGUCAGCAAUUCACUCACAGAGUUUGUGCUUCUUAAUGCUCAGUAAACUAGAUCUUGUGAAA